CGUCGCGAGCCCAAUCACUGCGUGGUCAAUUGUGAACACACGGAUCGGGAACGAUGAUGUGGCGAAAUCAGAUCCCAACGGCUACAGAAGGAAGCCAGGUCCGGUCUCAGCGACUUCUCGUGUACAUUGUCACCAGAGAUUCCGUCUCGAGCUGACGCUGCAGUUGUGUUGGUCUCCUGCAUGACAUGUACGGGAAACAGAGAGAGAAUCACAAUGUCUUGGUACACAUGAUUGAACAGGUCUCACUUUCAUGGACGAUCCGAUGAAGCUUGAUGCGGACACAAAAGCGAAGAUCCGAAAGGUCAAUGCCUCAAACGCUCACCGUGAUAGUACUCCGGCUCAAAGCUGCAUGAGCAAGCAGGGAAAUCGUAGCUGUGAUGAUGUGGGACAUUCGGUGGAAAGUUUGGCCAUGCAGAAGAAUUCAAGGAGAAUGCCCCUAAGCGCCAUGUUCCAACACAGUGAGACUGUCUUCGAAAACAAGUUUAUCGAAACGUUGAGAUCGGAGCCCGUUCAGCGCCAUGUGUCAAUGGUAAAACUACAGUGUACCACCCUGAUCUUAGCUUGCCAGAAAUAUGGAGGCAUGCUGCUUCAACUUGAAGAGAAUGCACAAGAAUGUUUUGUAUCAAGAUUCGAAGGGUACACUGUACUCGAAAGAGUCAGCUGCGAUCAUAAAGAGGCUGGCAUCACAUCUUUGUGGCAAUUCUUUCAUCAUUAUAACGACAUGGAUUGCUUCCAAUUCUCCUAUCACAGGCAUAUCGGUCCCGGUUGAAAGUUGUGAGCUGAGAAGCUACACUAUUGCUUCUAUAUUUGCUCCGUAGAUGUUGCGGCUCCGUGUGCGAG